GGAAAUCAGCAGAGAACCCCGAGGAGACCCCGCUACCCGCGCCUCGACUGGUCACCCCACAUCGCCGAUGAAGGGCUUCAAGAAGUCGCGGCGGGGAACAAUCGCGCUCAUAGCGGCUGUCUUCUGUCUGGCUGCUGGGACCUCCGUGUCGCGAGCGCAGACGCCGUGCGGAGGGAACUUCACGGACAGCAAUGGAAUCAUCGAGACGCCCAACUUCCCGGGACUCUACCCGCCCAUGCUCAACUGCCUCUGGGUCAUUCAGUCCUCGGACCGACGCGGCGUGGUCAUCAUCAGCGUCAUUGACUUCGAGCUGGAGGAGUCGGACGCGUGCGUCUUCGACAAACUGCGCAUGGAGGCGGGAAAUCCGCCGGGUCCGCCUCGCCUCUACUGCGGCGGGGACUUCGAGCGGCGCUACGGAGUGUCGGAGAUGCAGGCGAUCGGGCGCAUGACGCUGCAGUUCAACAGCGACGAGUCCGUGGAGCUGCGCGGAUUUCGAAUCGGCUUCUGGGUCGAAGACCCGCUCCAGACAUCCCCGCUGCCCACAACCACCUUGGCCACGACCCCCACCACCCCGGCCACCACCCCAGGUCAAUGCCAGCCUCUCGAAAACAUAGACAACGGUCGUCUGCUGGUCACCUCCUACGAGGUGGGCGGCGUGGCCUCGUACGCGUGCCGGCCCGGAUUCCGCAUGGUGGGCGCGUCCAACCGAGUGUGCGAGGCGAGCGGCCGGUGGAGCGGCUCCGUGCCCGUGUGCCGCGCACGACCCACGACAGCGACAACGACGAGUCGAGCCGAGACGUCUUCGUCCAGCGAGCUGCCGACGAACGCGAGCAACGCAGGCAACGCUUCUCUCGGCUGUCCAGAACCGGGUCUGCCUCUGGGCGGGUUGGGGCCCCUGCCCGGCCUCUCGCUCAGGUUCCGAGCCGGGGACGUGCUCCGAUUCUCGUGCCUCCCGGGAUUCGCCAUCACGGGCGCCACGAGCAUCCGGUGCCUCGACAGCGGCCGCUGGUCGGACGAGGCUCCCACGUGCUCACGGGUCGGGAUGUCGCUGUCUCCGCUCUGGGCCUCGGCUCUGAUCGCCGCGGGCUGCGUGGCCGGAGGCGCCGCGGUUCUGCUCGUGUCCUUCGCCCUCGCACGACGCUCCAGAAAAGUAGCGUCUGACGACCAUCCGAAGAUGACUCUGUAACACCACAAUCUCCAUGGAGGGCGCCUCACUACACACAACAACAACAAAUACCCUGGACAGCGCCGCACUAAACACAACAACAACACAAAUACCACGGACAGCACCUCACUACACACAACAACAGCACAAAUACCACGGACAUCACCUCACUACACACAACAACAACAACACAAACACCACGGACAGCGCUUCGCUACACACAACAACAACAACAACAACACAAAUACCCUGGACAGCGCCUCAUUACACAGCAGCAGCAACAACAACAACAACCAAAACACGCGCACGGAGGACGCAGACUCGCACUCCGGAUUUGUAUGUUUCAAGACGAGUGUUGGUUUAUUUAUAUAAUCGCAAUUGUGAUCCCGUUCCAGAAUCAAUGUUUCUGUAUAUGUCUUAACACAAACUAGCAGAUCGCACAUCCAUUGGACGUAACCAUCCUUUCAUCCGCCCGUUUCUCCCUCCGCACCUGACGUCUGGCCCAACCAGCCAGCCAGAAAAAUGAACUGUUGUCUCACGUAGUAUGAUAUGACAUUGUGCUGAAUGUAGCCGCCUCUACUGGCUGGAGGUGGGGGGUGAAAGGGAACGCACCUAAACCCAUUAUGAAAAGUAUAUUACGCGUGAAUCCACCGAUAUGUCAAUGUCAUCAUUAUCCGCCCGUUUAUUCACCGAAAAGUCAUCAUCAUUAUCUACACACCGCCCGAGUCCAAUGUUGAGUCUUAAUCUGAUGAUUUUCAGUUAAUUAUGUUAAUUGUACCGAUGCGGGUUUUCCUUUGUGUGUGUGUGUUUUUGCGCCUGUGUUUGUGGUUUUGAUGCAGUGUUUAUACGAUUUCACCACAUUGUACGAGAAGUGUUCAUUUUUACCAACAUAAAGCGUGUGUUUCUGA